GAGGAGAAACGGCUGGAGGAGGAGAAGCGGCUAGAUCAAGUGAAAAGAAAGGUUGAGUUGAGGCGGCUGCAGGAAAAGAGGCUAAAUGAGGCGAAACGGGAAGAGCAUCAGAGGGGAGAAGGAAAAAGAACGGAGCAGCAGGCUAUUCCGGGAGCAAUAGAAAUGACACAAGGAGAGGAAAAUAAAGAAACGGAGAAGACACAACAAAAAAAGGACCUAUUUAGCAAGAUUAUGAAACAAAUUUAUACGGUGACCCCGCUAGCCUACUACCGAAAGGAGGAUAAGGACAAAGACGAGAAGGAGAAACAUCAUGAGGGAAAAAAAGACAGCGACGAAAUGGAUGGAAGAGUGGAAAGAUCCUCAUUGGAGAUAGAUAACGGGAAAGGUACAAAGAGGAACAACUUUAUUGAUGAAAAAAAAAAUUUAAAUAUCGAUAGAAGGGAAAAGGAUGGAGAGGAAGUAACCACUGCAUACCAUAACAACGAUGUGGGGGAUGACCAAAAAAGGGAGGGGAAACAUCUGCCGAACCUUUCUUGCGCAAGGAGUUACUCCAUUUUUGAGAAAAUGGAAAGGGAAAGAAAGAAGAGUUUUAGGGGGAAGGCAUCCAUGAAUGGCAACAAAGGCGGUUCCAAUAAACUUGGGAAGAGGGAUUUGACAAAACACGCCUACGUGAACAAUUCUGUAAUAAUCAGCCAUGUCAUAAGUAGGGGGAAGGAUGAAGAGGAACAUGUGCCGAGUUCCCACAGGGGGGACUCCGCUGGGGAGGAGACAGAUGGUGAAGCGUCUCCUGGUGAAGCGUCGCAUGGUGAAGAAUCGCAUCGCAGAGUAGGAAACCACUUCGAAACGCGUGACGAUUCGAUCCCUAGAACCAUACUGAAUGAGGAGAAAAAGAAUGAGCUGGUAAAAAUGAGGAACCAAAAUCUCCAGUAUAGCAACGUGCGUGAGGGGAAUUUACGCAGUUUGUUAGGUGACGUGUUGGGGGAAGGAAGCGUCUCAGUCCCGAGUAACGAAGACGAGUUCUUUGACGUGGAUGAGGAGGAUUUCUUCGCAACAGAAACGGAGGACUCUUUUUUGAAAAUCGACGAUGAGGAGGGGGAGCAGGAGGAAGGAACCAUGGAAGAUAUAAAAACGCAUGUUUAUAGAGAACUAUAUGGUGGGCGUCGGUACGGGCGAGGAGGCAGAAAUAACUUAGAGUUGUCAUCUCUGUGGGGUAAUGAAUCCCCCCAAGGUGACAGUUCCCCGUUUUACUCGGCGGAGCUAAGAAAUCUGAGCACUUACGAUUUGUACAGGAAGCAGAUAAGCACAGAUGAGGUAAUGUGGAGAAAUUCAAAAAGAUUGUCCCGAAAAGACGAAUCGGUAAGUAGGAGCAGUGCAGAGGGAGAAUCGAAAGAUAACAUCUCGAAAAGCAGUCAAGAUGCCUACUUUGACUUUGAAAAAAAAAAAUUUUUUAACAGGGAAGAGAAAUAUAAGAUGUCUGCAAAUAGUAUUAGUGGCUUAUCCAGUGACGACUCGAUUGUUGCUCGGAGAAAAAUGUAUUACCUGGAUUCGUUGAGAAUUCACUACGAUGAAGGGAGUGACCCCUUCACUAAUUACUCCUUCGAAAAGAUAGACACACGAAAUUACCCCCGUGAGGGAAAGUAUGCACCGGACGAACACCAUAGCGGCAGUGAUGACGAGAUCCUUGCGACGGUCAUGGACAAUUUGAACGGCUCGAAUAAUAAGAUCAAGUCAAUUGGACUGAGUUACCACAUUGAGAAUGGGCGAGGGAACAUGUCGGGAGGGGUGGCGGAAUACCUCCACAGGCGGCGCUCCGGAAUGGUUCCUCACGUUGAUAGGCUUCACCUUGAUCCUCUCCACGCUGAUGGUCUCCAUGCUGAAAGUCUCCAUGCUAACAGUCUCGAUGCUGAUGGGGACUACACUGGUGGAUACCACGCCGGUGCGCACUAUACCGGUGAGCACUAUACCCCCGGGAACUACACCCGUGGGCACUACACCCGUGGGCACUACACCCGUGACAACUAUACCAGUGGGAACUGUACGGAUCCCCAUCAUGACGACCUUUCCUCGUCUUCCCUUUACCACAGCAAAACCCAGUCGCACAUAAACGCCACGAGGAAUUUCCAAAGGGUGUACUCGCGCCAGUAA